AUGGCCCCAGUAAAAUUUGGGCUUUUCAAAGCUCGUAGCCGGGAUCAGGAGCAGCCGUCUACAGAAAACCUGUUAAUCAGCGACACCACCCCCAGCUCGCCUGUCCCCACUACCAGCAAAGGUCUGAUGGAGGACCUGACCCCCGCAGACAUAGCUGACUUGCACAUUGAUAGCGACGAUGACGAGAUUUCCGAAAAACCAACAUCGACUCGGAGAAUCAGUGACUGCAGUCGGUUAGAAGAUAAUCAGAUGAACUACCACCCCCUACAAAAUCAAACAUCUACCGACGCCACAUCAGUCUCCACUCUCCAAGAUUUAGACGAAAACUUCUUCGACAACACUGACGAUCUAAUUGAUGACGGGGCGACAUCAUGCGAUGCUUACUCCAUACAGUUUGACGAAAGCUCAUUGGCUGCCAGCGAGGAUCUGUCAGUGUACUGUGGCACGCUUAAGAAGCCUAAGAAGAGUAGGAGUAAAGAGGAACAACAGAUGAGGGAUAUUGAUAUGUGGAGGGCGAGCAAUGUGGAAGUUAUGCAGAACCUUCUAAGCAGAAGUGGCACCCUUGACGAGCAGAUCAAGUGGGAGGCCAUCGCGACCGCCCGGGGUCUCUGCACAUUGACUGACAGCUGCACAUGCGGAGACUGUACUAGGGCGAAAUAUUUAGCAGGAGUCACAGAUGGCGAUGGCGGUCUUGGAGCAGCCCCGCUAUUCAACGCUAUCAGCGUAGGCUGUCAAAUACAAUGAAUUUACUUGGAUGACAUCCUAGUUUUCAUUCUUCGAAUCGCGAUUCAAUCCUUAUUAUCGCGUUUUAAUGGAUUGCUGAAACCAAAUAUCAUCUCAUUAAUUGUUUAUUUAUUAAUUUUGUUAUGAAGUAGAGGGGAAAAGAUGCAAAAUUUGGUCGACCUCGAUUUGAUGGUAAGCUGUGGUGAUGUCCAUCUUGGUCAUAAUUUCUUUAAAGUUGAGAUGUUUUAUGAGAAGCUAAACGGCGUUGUUGUAAAUGGAAUGAGACUGCUUAUACAGUGACUGAAUGGUAAUUGUCUUGUAAGAACUCUGUUUAAAGUAAAUACGAUGUAAUGUAUGUAGUAAUUUUGUAUGACGGUAAAUUAUCUUAAAUGUAAAAAUCCUCUUUGACAAAAUGUCCUUGAUACGCAUCAAGUUCGGAGAUAUUUCAUAUUAUUUGGAUACAGAUUUGACUGAAUUAUUGAAAUGAAUAUAGAAAAGAGGAGAGAAGAAAAAUUUUAUCCAUAACUAGUUGCGAAUUAACGGCGAAAUCCGGAGAAUGCGUUAAAGAAAUUUCUUGAUCUUAAUUUUAUCUAAUUGAGAAAUAUUUAUUUGUGCCAUAUUCAAUAAAAAGGUUCCUCUAUCUUUCUUCCAGCUUACUCGUUAUUGCUGAUUAUUAUUUUAUAAGUUUUCUAGCUGUUAGAGAAAGUAAGUAAUUGUUAUUUUAAGAAACCAACGCAUAUUUCGUUACUUUUAGGUGCUAUCAAUAUCAAAUACAAUUCAAUUUCGUUGAAGUAAGAAAUGAUUUUGUGUUAAGUGUUUUAGCCACCUUUUAGCUUUGUUAUCAUUAAAAAAGAGGCACUUUUUAAUUACGAAUAAAAUUAAUGCGUGUUAUUUUAAUACUUAGUCACUUUUUAGACACGAGGUUUAAUGUACUUAAACGUUCACUUUGAAACAAG